GUGUUCAGUUUUGUAAAUGCGUUAGUUUAACAUAAUCAUACAAUGAUUAUUUUUGAAGCAACAUUUAAUUUGUUACCAUGCGACGUCCAUUAGAACGCAGAAGUAUGGUUUUCGGCUUAUUAAGACAGAGAAGUCCUGGAGGAAGCUCUCAGGACGACUCCGAGAACACGGAUACAUCAGAACUUGAUAAGAAAAUAGAAAUGGGGCGAACAUCACAACAGACACUGGAGAAUAAACCAGUAGAGCAAACCUUACGAGAUGAUUCUGUAGAAGGACUUACAACUGGUGAAGCAAAUGCGCUCGCUGACGAGAUAACUGAUCUUCCAUCCUCGUCAUCGAAGGGAGAACCAAAUCAACCUGAUAUAAUGGAGAAUGGACCACCUCAAGAACCUUUAACCAAUUUUAUUGAGCGAGAUAGGUCUAUGGGGAGGGAAAGUGACCUCUCCGCAAUGACUACUCCAGAAAUGAUUAUGGAUCCUCACAUUGACAUGGACGUAAACGUUAACAUGGCAUUGGUUCAUAAAUCCCUGGAACUACUUCUUGACAACAAAUUCCUGGAAGCAGAGGACAUCCUUAAAAAGCACUACGAAACAGAUAUGCAUUUCGCUCUGGGAUAUGGAGCAAUGCUAACGUUUCAGGCUAUAAUGACGUAUGACUCUCGGGAGAUUGAGAAAGGUUAUGCAAUACUGGCAAAGGGUUUGGAAUUGACAGAUUCACAGAGACAGAAAAGAACAGAUUACCUCCGUAUGAAGGCACCGAAAUAUGAAGAGGUAGUUGCAGAGCUACUCUACGCUGAGACACUGCUGCUCACUUCACUCCUUUCCUUUACUCAAAGUGACUCUGUGAUAGCCAUGAUAAAAGGUGCCGUCAAGGGACGAACCUCCUAUGGGAUCUACAGGGAUUUGUAUAACAAAUAUAUACUCAAAGCUGGCAUUAGCAGGCACAACAAGUCGAAAAUACCGGAGUACUUAUCGAACGAUUUUCUCUCUGGGAUUCUAAUGGGUUAUGGAUGCUUUCAUAUAGCGCUUUCAAUGGUUCCACCUAAAUUACUAAAGAUAUUAGAGCUUGUUGGAUUGCAGGGAGAUACACAAGAAGGGCUGAAGGCACUUUCUCAGGGAGUGGAUUGUGAUGGUUUAAGAUCAUCAUUCUGUGCCCAAGCAAUCAUCGCAUAUGAAUCAGCUUUCAAAUUCCACUUAGACCCCUACAACAUGAAACUUGAAGUGGUUGAUAAGCUCACAACAAAAUAUUUAGCAAAACAUCCUGUAUGUGUGUCUUUUCAAUUCUUUGCUGGUAGAACUGAAAUGCUCAGAAGGAAUUUGCCGAGUGCUAGGCAAACUUUUGAAAAAUGCAUCAUGUUGCAGGAUGAGUGGGUCACAAUGCACCAUACAUGCUGGUUUGAACUAUUGUGGGUUUCAUCAUUGGAACAAAAAUGGAGUGAAGCUGCUGAAUAUGCAGAAAGGUUGUUUGGAGCAAGCAACUGGAGUAAAACAUCCUAUCUCUAUCUACUUGCUGCUUUUAGGCAUGCCCAAUUUAUUGACAGUGACCCAUCCAGAAAGUAUGCAAAAGAUCCAAAUAUAACAACACUGUUCAAAGAUGUUAAAGAAUAUCAAAUAAGGGUGGCAGGGAAACGACUUCAAAUAGAAAAGUAUUGUGUGCGAAAAGCAAGAAGUUUCAAAAAUAGAAACAACUUCCUAUUCUUACCAGCCCUAGAAGCAAUGUACAUAUGGGGAAUCUUCUCAUUAUUGGACGAAUCAACUGCAAAAACUUUUAUACAAAAAUGUGAUUCCAAAAUGGUGAAUGGUGUUACAGAUGUUCAACUUUGUGCAGAUGAUAGAGCACUUGGACAUCUUAUGAUUGGUGUAUUGUGGAAACAUUGCUAUCUGUUAACCAAGAAUAAUAACGAUGAAAGUAGCAGAGAAUCUUGCUUACAAAAAUCAGAGGAUUCACUCACAAAAUCACUGUCGUACGAAAAACAGAUUGCUUUGGACCAUUUUAUUAUGGGUUGGGCCAACUAUGAAAUGGCAGAACUUUACUGGUUAAAAGGUGAUAACAGAAAAGCAAUGGAAUCUGUGAAAGCUUGUAAAAAAGUUUCAUCCAAAGUAAAAUAUUCUCUGGAGAGUAGAGUAAUGUUCAAGAUUCACAAUCUGACAGAAAGGAUCAAGAAUUCAACUGGAAAUACAAGUACAACUUGAUACAAAUAUUUCCAAAUCAAUAUCGAAUCUAACCCUCAUAAAAAUCUUGGACAGUAUUCAUCGACUCCAUCGCUAAUUUAAAUUGGAUUAAAACAGCUAUCCAAAAUCAACAUUAUACAUCAUACAUAACAUGCGACCAUGUACCACGUUAUAAUGGGUACCGUUUUUGGUAAUAUAUUUCGUGAUAAAAUCAGCUAGCACUGUUUAUUAAUGUUUAAACAAAUAUCAAAUAUAUCAGCUUAAUACUCCAAAUUUGCGUGCAUGAACGUAUAAACAUUCAGUGCAGUAUGACAUGACUGAUCAAGCAACGGUGUAACAGCAACCAGCAACUGUGUAUAUUUGGAUUUUUUAAUUGAUGUGAUUUACUCUUUCUAUAAACAUUUUGU